AUGAUGUACUACUUCUGCUGCCAACACAGCGAAUCCCAAGAUGGCGCUGAAACCAUAGUCAGUUGUAUAGUCACUGUGUGGGAAGAACCAAGUGGUCGAUCAGAUGACUUCCAAGGGACCGAGUUAAAUGAUAGUAGUGUUGGCGAUGGUAGUGGUGGUGGUAGUGGUGGUGGUGGUGGUGGUGGUGGUGGUGGUGGUGGNGUGAGGGAUAGCGGAGGAGGGGGCGGUGGUGGCUUAUAA